AAUCAGAACAACACUGGAAAAAUGGAUCAGAAAAGCGAUGGAGUUGGGAUCAAAAUCUACAACAACGCAGUGUACGGGGACCCACAUGAAGACGAGUCCGCCAAGUCACCAAAGCCACCUUCUUCUUCCUCACAUUCCCUGCCUCUGGUACGACUGAACCCAGACCACAUACAAGGCAGGAAACGACGUGCCGUUGCGAAGGGGGUCCAGAAGACCUUAUCCAAGACCUCCAUGCUCGCCAACUUUCUUCCCACGGGCACCCUCCUGACCUUCGAAAUGGUGCUUCCCGCCAUUUACCGCAGCGGCGAGUGCACUCGUGUCACCAAUAUGAUGACCCACGUCCUCCUGGGCCUGUGUGCCAUGUCAUGCUUCUUCUUCCACUUCACAGACAGUUUCCGUGGGCCCGAUGGGAAGUUAUUUUACGGGUUUGUGACUCCAAAAGGGCUGGCGGUGUUUAAACCGGGCCUGCCCGUGGAGGUGCCCAAGGACGAGAGGUACAAACUGGGCCUAACGGACUUCGUUCACGCCGCUAUGUCCGUUAUGGUGUUUGCCGCUAUCGCGUUUUCUGAUAGGCGCGUUACGGACUGUUUGUUUCCGGGGCACGAGAAGGAGAUGGAUGAAGUGAUGGAGAGUUUUCCGUUGAUGGUGGGGAUCGUGUGCAGCGGAUUGUUUCUCGUGUUUCCUACUACUCGCUACGGGAUUGGAUGCGCGGCUUCGUGAAUGAAGACAAGGCAUAAUAAUUCAAGAGACAUUUGAUUAAUUAAUUAAUUCACUAAUGUUGUUUGUGUUUUCUUAUUGGGCAAGAAAAUGAUGAUUUUGUGUCUCUUAUGUAUGUUUGGAAUAUUGUGAUGUAAUGGUAAAUAGUACUUA